AUGAGUCGACUUGAUGGAUAUCAUAUGAUGAUAGUGUCACAGUACUUUAAUACAAUACAAGACUUUAUAACACUUGAAUGUGUAAACAAGAAGUUUGUGAAUAACACAAAAAAGUUUUGUUUCAAUCAAAUACCACUAAACAAACAAACAAUCAACUAUUUUCCACAUAUAGAAACAUUAAAUAUUUGGUCACCCACCGACCAAUGUUUUGGGAACACCAUUUUUAAGUCCACCGACAUAGAACCAAUCGAUAAGAUUGACUUCUAUCAAAUUAAUAUUUGGUAUGAAAUGACAUACUCUCGCACAUGUAGAGUGACGCACCCAAAUUGUUCAUUCAAGAGACUUUUAUACACAAGACAAGACACCCCUGUUUGUGGUACAAAUAUACCUACAAACACUGUCACCAUCUGUGACGUCUGUUUUAUGGAUUCUCACAUCGAGUCUAUUGUCAUUCCCAAUACAGUCACUUCUAUUGGUAAUCACUCCUUUGAAAAUUGUUCCAAAUUAACUUCUGUGAAGAUUUUGUCUCCUCUUCAGUUCAUUGGAAUUUCGUGUAUUUCGCGCUGUAGUGAUUUGAAGUCGAUAGAACUCCCCGACACAGUCACACACAUGAAAGAUGCCACUGUCACAUUCCCACAAAAAGUCGAUGCAAUUGGUGAAUUCUGUUUUGGUGAGUGUUUGUCGUCAACAAGUGUGGACAUUCCUCAUUGCACCAAUUUCAUUGGAGAAAAGGCGUUUCACAAAUGCUCAAAUUUGACUUCUGUUGAUAUCAGAGGAUGUCUGUCGCAACUCCAGUCGUCCUGUUUUAAACAUUGCAAAUCAUUAAAAACAGUCAACUUUUCCUCUGCAAUUUGUGACAUUCAAAAUUCUGCGUUUGAGUUGUGUGAAUCGUUGCAAGAAAUCACACUGCCAAACACAAUUUCAAAACUCGAGUUCAAGUGUUUUUGCAAUUGUCGUAACAUGAGCAAAAUUGAUAUUCCAAACAGUGUCUCCGUCAUUGAAAGUGGGUGUUUUUGUAAUUAUGUCAAUUUAAAGAAUGUCGUCUUACCACAAAACAUCACAAGACUGGGCUUGUCGUGUUUUAGUAAAUGUAUAAGUUUAUCAAACAUCAUCGUUCCAACUCAUUUAAAAAUCAUUAGCAAUUACUGCUUUGAAAAGUGCACUUCCCUUGAUAUAGACGUACCAAAAACAGUCACACACAUCGGUAUAAACUGUUUCAUUGACUGCAAAAGUGUUCAUAUUAUAUUAAUUAAUUGUGUUCUCUUGUUUAUUAAUUAUUUUAUUUAUAUUAUAAUUAAUAUAUAUGUUAUUAUACUAAUAAUUAUAAUAGUUAAUUUUAAUACAUUAAUAAUUUUAAUUUAUAAUAAAUAA